AUGGCACAAGGGACAGAGUCACAUCAUCACUUCUGGAACCCUGCAGCUGCAUCAGCAUCUGGCGGAAAGUCUUUGGCUUUCAAAUCUGCCGUGGUGUUGACAUCUACAUUUGCAGCCUUUGCAGUGGUUUCGCUGAUUGUUGAGCCACUUUACGGCGAGGAGCUGGUCGAGAAGUUCAUCAAGCAGACGCACGCUUCGGAAAGCGGCGUUCCCAAUGUUCCCAACGUCCUUUUCCCGAAUGACUGGAGAUACAGGACGCAUCGCUGGCCACAGCUGCUUUUUCUCACACAGCAAGAGACAGAAUUCGCGCGUCGAAUGAUGUUCUCUUUACUUUUUGGCGCGUUGCUUGGUAUUGAAAGGCGUGAGUCAAACAGAGGAGCUGGUGUGCGCACAAUGAGCUUAGUCUCGCUCGGGGCAUGCAUCUUCACGAUUGGCUCGAUUUAUGCAUUUGAGGCAGGAACACAGACGUGGGAUUCAUCUCGUGUUGCCGCUGCUUUGCCAUCGGGAGUGGGCUUCUUGGGUGGUGCCCUGAUCUUCAAGGAUUCUGGCCAGAUCAAAGGCCUUACAACCGCUUGCGGCGUUUGGCUGGCGUGUGCUGUGGGAAUGUGCUGUGGUGGCGGAAUGUACUUCGUGAGCUUCUUUGGCGUUGCCGGUGUUGUGGCAAUGCUCCGCUUCGGACCCAGAUCGCCAAUGCCUGAGGAUGAAUCCGAAGAAGCACCUGCGCCCGAGCUAAAGGAUCGACCCGUGUCGCUCGAAGGAUUGGACCAUCCUCUUAUCCGCAAGAAGUCGGCAAAAACCUUAAUUGUUGGUGAUGAGUAG